AUGAGAAAUCCCGCCACGCUACCCUUUCGCCCAUUGUCAUAUAACACAAGGAAUGUUUCGUCUCCAGCUUCUUUAGAGACAGCUCGAUUCCACCAAAAGUUGAUUCUAAAAAAUGGUCGCACCCUUGGGUACGCAGAAUACGGCAACCCCACCGACUACCCUCUCCUCUACUUUCACGGCUAUCCAUCUUCACGCCUAGAGGGCUGGGGGUUUGGUCAAUGGCCCGAAAGGCUGGGUUUCCGCCUCAUUGUCCCAGAUCGACCGGGUUUCGGACUUUCCAGCUAUCAGCCCAACCGUCGGAUCCUAGAUUGGCCAGCUGACGUGGAAGCUCUCAUAUCACAUUUAGGUCUGUCGCGAUUCGCGAUCUUAGGCUGCUCGGGAGGUGGUCCAUAUGCAAUCGCAUGCGCUCACUUGCUACCUGCACAUAUGCUAUCGGCGGUGGCAGUCGUGGCGGGAGCGCCUCCAUGGGUAGCGGGGACAAAAGAUGUGACUUUGAGCAGGAAACUUCUAUCUCGCGCAGCCAUCUACUGCCCAGGGACGCUAGAAAUGGUAUUCAAUCCAUUUUCUAUCGUGCUUCGGUGGAUUAUGGAGUCAGGCCUAAUGACAAGGUGGCUGGAUAAUUGGAUCGAUGGCAUGAAGCGUGAGGGAAAGGCCAAUGAACGGCCCAACGCAAAAGAGGAGGAUUUGUCGACCGAAGAGGCUAGAAAAAGAAUGCUAAGUGCGUCUUUCGAGGCUUUCGUGCAAGGGUCUGGCGGUGCGAUACAGGAGGCACGUUUACUGUCUCAGGACUGGGGCUUCCGGUUUCAGGAUGUACCUUAUGACGGAAUUCGAAUCUGGCAUGGCACGAAAGAUGUCAAUGCACCGAUUGAUAUGGUGCGCUAUAUGGUCAAACGACUUCCACGGCCUGUCUUUCACGAGCUUGAAGAGGACCACUACACGACGGGCCAUCACCUCGAGGCGAUAAUUACCGACUUGAUCAGAGACGAAACAGGAAAGACUGGCGAUGAGCCUUGUUAA